CCUCUCCUCGCCGCCGCGGGCCCCCACCUCCGUCAGAAUGACGCUGGACGUGGGACCCGAGGAUGAGCUGCCCGACUGGGCCGCGGCCAAGGAGUUUUACCAGAAGUACGACCCUAAGGACGUCAUCGGCAGUUGAAUUACCUGCUGGGUGCCAGGCACAAAGCUAAACAGAAGGGGAAGGAGAGGUGCGUGUGCCCCGGCGGUGCUCCCAGCGAAAGAGACACAGGCACAUUCAGAAAGUGUCGGCUGUGAAGAGUGCUGGGGUCAGAGCCACAGCUCCCGGAGGUGGGAUCGGGCCCGGAGGACGGUGCGAGCUCAGCGUGCGGAGACGAGAAGGCCGUGUACAGUGUGCUGGGUGCGCUGUGCGAGGCGCCGGGCAUACCGGACCCACAGAGGAGUGAGCUCUGUGGUCCGCCGUUGUGUUCAUCGAGCUACUGGCCAUGAGUUUGCGGUGAAAAUCAUGGAGGUGACGGCUGAGCGACUGAGUCCUGAGCAGUUGGAGGAGGUGCGAGAAGCCACGCGGCGAGAGACACACAUCCUUCGCCAGGUCGCUGGCCACCCCCAUAUCAUCACUCUCAUCGAUUCCUACGAGUCUUCUAGCUUCAUGUUCCUGGUGUUUGACCUGAUGCGGAAGGGAGAGCUGUUUGACUAUCUCACAGAGAAGGUGGCCCUCUCAGAAAAGGAGACCAGGUCCAUCAUGAGGUCUCUGCUGGAAGCAGUGAACUUUCUCCAUGCCAACAACAUUGUGCACCGAGAUCUGAAGCCUGAGAAUAUUCUCCUAGAUGACAAUAUGCAGAUCCGACUUUCCGAUUUUGGAUUCUCCUGCCACUUGGAACCUGGCGAGAAGCUUCGAGAGUUGUGUGGGACCCCAGGAUAUCUAGCACCUGAGAUCCUUAAAUGCUCCAUGGAUGAAACCCACCCGGGCUACGGCAAGGAGGUCGACCUCUGGGCCUGUGGGGUCAUCUUGUUCACACUCCUGGCUGGCUCACCACCAUUCUGGCACCGGCGUCAGAUCCUGAUGUUGCGCAUGAUCAUGGAAGGCCAGUACCAGUUUAACUCGCCCGAGUGGGAUGACCGUUCAAACACUGUCAAAGACCUGAUUUCAAGGCUGCUGCAAGUGGAUCCUGAAGAGCGUUUGACAGCUGAGCAAGCUCUACAGCACCCCUUCUUUGAGCGUUGUGAAGGCAGCCAACCCUGGAACCUCACCCCCCGACAGCGGUUCCGGGUGGCAGUGUGGACAGUGUUGGCUGCUGGACGAGUGGCCUUAAGCAUCCACCAUGCACGUCCGCUGACCAAGAGUGCACUGUUGAGGGACCCCUAUGCAUUGCGGCCAGUGCGGCGCCUCAUUGACAGCUGUGCCUUCCGGCUCUAUGGGCACUGGGUGAAGAAGGGCGAGCAGCAGAACCGUGCAGCCCUCUUCCAGCACCGGCCGCCUGGGCCUUUUCCCAUCGUGGGCCCUGAAGAGGAGGGGGACUCAGCUGCUAUCACCGAGGAUGAGGCCAUGCUGGUGCUGGGCUAGCAACUGAGCCCUGGGGAAUGCCAGAAAGCAGGACUUUCCAUGAGGAGGAUUUUUAUCAUUCCAGCCCCUUUUGGCUCUGGCCGUAGGCCCCAGCCCCACUGCUUGGCUAGGCCACCACUCAUCGUACUAUCAGAAAGUCCAGUCUAUCCCCACUGGCCAGGGCUUUCCGAUCAGAGCUGAGGUAGAAGGGAGCCACUCAAGAGUGCCAUGCCUGGCCUUGUCAGUGCUACCUGUGCUGUGUAUGCAAUAAAAUCUACACACCAGGCAGCCAA